AGAGACAGGACUCGUGAAAGAUGGCCUUCCGCUAGUUUUUAUGUUUUGUACUUGUCUCCAAAGUGGAUCGCUCCUCACAUAUUUUUCGAUGGAUUUGUACGCCAGGUCUGAUGUCGCUUGAUCCAAACUAAAGACAAGAGGUGUCGUUGACAGGGCGAUCGUGAUGAUCUGGCAUUGUUGCUUGAGCUCGUUGUAUGUGCCAGUGAUGAUACUUCCUAUUUCUCCGGAUUGAUGACUCAUGCGAAUGCGUACAGGCGUCUCGACCCUGCUUCUGGGCAGGCGACGGUUGCGCCGCGGUCUCGUGAAUUACAAGGACUUCGUCGAAUUCAUCCGGCCAUUGGGGCUCGGCUCCGCGACCGAGUACCGUGCAUGGGCCAAAAUCACGCCACGGCCGAAAUACAUCCCGUGUCAGCCUGACCGUACCUAUCGAGGGGUAGGGUGGGAGUCAUGGGCGAGCGCUCUCGGUCGAGACAGGAUCAACGGAAAUCGGUUUUCUUUGUCGGAGCUCACCGCGCUGGAACCUGACGAAGAAACCUUUGCUCGCAAGAACGUUCCUGGAGUGAGGUACGAGCAUGCUUUUGGCUUGUUUCAGAAACUAACGGAACAGUUCGCAACGGGCUAUCACUUCUUCCGCCUUCCCGGACGAGCAGUCCCGAAUCUCUUUUUCAGGAGAAGGGGCAGCAAGCGUGUCGAUCACUGGGCAGCGCUCCAGCUGAAGAGCUCGAAACGAAGGUCGCCCCAAGGCCGGCAUUUGUUUGUCGGGCUGGAUGCAUCCGAGAACAUCGGGAAAGUGCUGAUUUCGUUGGAGGACAAAAGCGUGUGCAUCCGUCAUUCGUCCGAGCUAACGCCGCAGCCAUCCAGAUAUCCAGGCGCAUCGUGUGGACGGUGCAAUGUUGUCUUGCGCAGCGCGAUCAGAAGUGACUUGCGUGACCCCACUGCGGUAGGAUCUGAAGCAUCCGCGUCUUUGGACCGUCUGUGGGAUGUUUUGCCGAGGAAGCAAAUAUCAGACUGGUGUGCAGAUUUUUCCGAAACCUGGAGUAUCUCUAGGCAUCAUAAGUUUAUCGCGAGGCUCGCAGAAACACUCUACUUCCCCGCGGGAUUCAAUGACACGUGGACAUGGAGAGAAGAGCUGCCGCGUGGCACCUUUGGCGAAAAGCACAACAUGCAGCUAGGGCCGCAUCGCUGUUUGCAAAAAGUAGCGUCAUGGCAUGAUGAGGAUAGGGGAGUGAUGGACAUCGACAGGUGCAUGUGGAGGAGUACAAUAAAAUUAUCACGGCCCUUUAGGCCCGCAGCAGGUGGGGAACAGGUGUACACGUAUUACGAUAUCUCGGAUCCCAUUGACUUUUACAUCUGUAUUCACCACAAUAAAUCUGAUUUGUUGGGAGUAUUCGUUUUUCCAAAACAGGUGCUAAGAGAAUAUGGGUAUUUGUCUGACAGAGCCACGGGUGAAAGGGGUAGGAAGGUAAUGGCACUGUACUCCUCCGAGAACCGUGCGAGACCUCGUAAUGACAAAGAAGAAUUCGCGAGAGUCCAGCAAGAUUUCUACAUAGAUUUGUCUGGUAGUAGUUGUAGCAGAAUUAGUCUCGAAGGAGCUUCGUCAUCUGACCAUCAAGAAGAUUGUUAUGAAAGACCUGUGGGCCGCUUUCUCGCGAUAUUGGACAAGCAUGGACAACAAAAGCUAGCGUCGACGUGAUCGAUUGAUGUGGUGACACUGUCGAUAAGCUCCGUGAGCACCUAGAAGAACUUGUCAAAGUCGUGACUCAAGCUGCUUCACGUUCUGCAG